AUGGAUUUUGAAGCACGACGAAUUUUGCAUGAUGAGCAAGCGAGUAUUAGUCGGAGUUUUGGCAGCAAUAUUCAUCCGUCUAGCCAGUCAAGGAAAAUUUCUAUAGGAAUUAUGGCAGAUUCAAAAGCGAGCACAAGAUGUGGAGCCACGAAAGGGGACGGGGCUGUCAUUCCUAAUACAGAAAGGGUAAUCUCUAAUGUGGGAAAUUUCAUUGGAGAAAAAAGCAAAGUUGAAGGAGUGACAACUUCCUUUAAUACAAAGCAAAUUGAGGGUCCAGAAGCGGUGAAGUUUUCUUGGACCUCAAAAUCCGUUUACAAAAGAACACCUACUUCUGAGACCAUUCUUCAAGCCAACCAAGCCUCUACUUUCCUAGUCUCUCCAGGGGGCCCGGAUAAUCCGGAUGGAAUAGAGUGUGCAGCUGGGAAAAAUUCAGUUCAGCUUGUCUCAUAUCAGACUUCAAAUUUUCCUUCGAAUAAUUACAAGAAAUUUGAUGGGGAAACUAGCAAAAGGAAGGGAAGAAAGGAUGGGACCACUGAAAGGGUAGAGGAAUUUACAUUUAUCACUGCACCAGAAGUCUUCGAGUCUGAUAAAACCAAGCCAGAAGACAAAAUAAAUAGAACAGAGAAUAGAACUGAAAGUUUGAGGAUGAAGCUUCGCCAAAUAUUGGGGACCACUUCUUCCCCUAAGACUCAGCAUUCAGGUUCUCACGCUCGUAACAUGGAUGAUGAAAGUUUGCCGCUUGAACAGAAUUUGAACCAUGAGGAAAAUAAAUUUGUUAAGACCAGACAAAAUUCUGAUUCUAUAGAAUCUGAUUCAGAACAUCCUGAUCAUACACUUAAGAGGCCAGUAACUCGUUCUUGGAGCAGAAAGAAAGUGUCUUCCAAAAAUCAACCAGGAAAAGGUAAAAGUGUCCCAUCUUCAAAAGACACAGAGAAGCAUCGAGAAAAAAGUAUAUUCUCUUUUGAAGGUAAAAGGACUGGGAUGCGAGAUGGUUUUCCAAAUGAUGGUUCCUCAUUGUCUUUGAAGAAAAAUAAUCAGGCAAAGAAUUCCAGAAUUGGGCCACAUAAGAUCUGCUUCACUGAAAAUUAUACUGCAGAUAAACUUCAUCAAGACACUUCGAAGACGGAUCCACCACCGCUUGAUGGGGCAACAUCUUCACUUGGGAAUAAACUGGGAGGAUUUUUUGGUCGUUACCUGAUCAUCAGACAAAAUGCCCUCAGACACGGAAAAUAA